AUGAAGGUCUUUUCGAACGAGGAGACGUUCGACUACUCGUGGGAGGAGGUCUCUACGGCAAAUUGGCGGAAAUACUGUCCGUGGAACGACAAAUCGACGCAUGUCAUCGCCGUCGACACUUUAUCGCGACAGGUGGAUCCCCAAUCCGGAAUUCUACGGACUGAGCGAUUAAUUACCUGCAAACAAAGCGCUCCAAAGUGGUUGAGCGCGAUCCUCGGAGGAUCAGACACUUCCCACGUCUUCGAAACCUCAUAUGUUGACCCGGAAUCGAAAAAAGUCACCAUGGUGUCGUCGAAUUUGACAUAUUCAAAUAUCCUGAGCGUGAAGGAAUCAGUGGUCUACCAACCGCUCUCAGCUACACAGACACAGUUUGUCCAAGACGCGAAGAUCACCGCUUUGUGUGGUGGCUGGCAUAAGGUCAAGAAUGCCGUGGAAGAGGCCAGUGUUACUCGGUUUAGGGAAAACGCCCAGAAAGGAAAGGAAGGAUUCGAAGCAGUGCUCGAGAUGAGCCGGAGGGUUUUCGGCGAAGAGAAGCAAAAGUUAAAUGGAAUUGAACGAGAGAAGAUGGUGCUAUAG